UAAGUUUAGGUCAGGUUUUUAAUUUUUAAAUCUGCUUUUAUCAGACAGAUCUUCCUCACAAGUUUGGCGGUUGCUAUAGUUGCGAGUUCAUGUGAGGCUGACAGAGAGGGAAGUGACGACUGGGGCUGUUGUUGGGACACGUGACUGGAGCUGCACUGAUCUGUUUUGACAAGCAGUGGGGAGGGAAGUGAGGAGGGGAGGCAGACUGUAAGCAUCACGACCAGGACGGCUCAGUGUUCCUUUCAUCUGCAUUUCGUCUAACUAAUAUUAGUAUCGACCUAGUCUUCUAUUUGUAGUAGCCAGCUGGCUUGACAGCGUUAUAAUUGCCAACGCUAUUAAAGCAAACGCUCGCGGAAAACAUCGCCGUGUUACCGACGCGUUUGUGCACAGUCGGGCUAUUUGUUGUUGGUUUGAAAAGUUUUAAUGAAGAUCGCAAAGGAAGUCGGCACAGGUGGCGUUUCUGGCGUUAAGUAGAUGGCGACGCUUAACGCUUUGGAUGAACAGAGAGUGGACCGUAUCCGCAUGAUAGCACAGGUUAACGUCUCGUCAAAAGAAUGAUAUGUUGAAUGUGUUCUCGUCGUAGCAGCAUAAGUAAAUAAAUAAAUAAAUAAAUCCCGAGAUCGUCCGUCCUCGGAAUCUGUGUUUGUAGCUGAGCUGUGGCUACCUGUGCUACAGUGGGGGUGGGGAUGUUUGUGAGGUCGUCGUCACCAGCAGACGCUUCACCAUAGAGUCGCGAUAAAGUUAGUUAGUUGUGUUUGCUACCUAGCUAGCUGACACUGCUGAGUUAGCAACCAUCCAGUUCUGGCAGAGUGUCGUUGUGCGGAGCGAGUCAGUGUUACAGGAGAGGAGACACCGACAUGCAUCGCGACGUAACUGUGGUUCGGGUCGUGGAAUUUGAGACGGGCUGUAAGAGUAGUCAGCUUGCUGGAUAAAUUACUAGUAGACAGAUUGGUUACUCGCUAGCAAGCAGAUUGACAACUCCAUCACCUUACGCUGACUGUUAACUGCCAUUCGCUAUCAGCUGUCUUUGUGUUAGUUGGACAAUACAGUGCGACUCGAUGGAAGCGUACAGUAGCAUGCUAACAAAGCAGUGCUUUGUUGUUGGAUAGGGGGGCAGCUGGCACCAACACACAGGCUUCACAGCUGAUAUCAUUGCUUAGCUAAAAGAGCAGGUCACAGUCAGAGUGUUUGGGGGAGCCCAGACACCGCUGUGUUGCUGUCAAGGCUGUGUGUGAUACGAAAAGAGAGAAGAGAAGAACCUGCAAGAGACCCUGAAGGCAACCUGAUGACACUAGACAACAUGAAGCCCGAGCGAGAUGCAACGGAGGAGUUUUUCGAGUAUGAUGCAGAGGAGUUCCUGGUGUUCCUGACCUUGCUCAUCACAGAGGGAAGGACACCAGAAUAUUCUGUGAAGGGCAGAACCGAGGGGCUGCACUGUCCGCCAGCCCAGUCGGCCAUGCCGCCUCUUCACAAGCAUGAAUGCAGCGACAAACUGCCUCAGUGUCGGCAGGCGAGGCGAACCCGUUCAGAAGUGAUCCUGCUUUGGAGGAACAGCAUUCCCAUCAUGAUUGAGGUCAUGCUCCUGCCAGACUGUUGCUAUGGCGAUGAAUGUCCCCCAAGUGACCCCAUCAGCGACCCGGUCAUCAAACAAGAUGCUCUGCUGCUGGAGAGAUGGACCCUGCAGCCAGUUCCAAGACAAAGCGGCGAUCGCUUCAUUGAGGAGAAGACCCUGCUGUUGGCUGUUCGCUCUUACGUCUUUUUCUCCCAGCUCAGUGCCUGGCUCAGCGCCUCCCAUGGCAUCGUCCCCAGAAACAUCCUGUACAGGAUCAGCGCUGCUGAUGAGGAGUUGGUGUGGCAGUUCUCCCAGCCGCCUUCCGAGCACAUUUUCCCGGUCCCCAACGUGUCCCAGAGUGUUGCAUUGCAGGUUCGUGUCCAGUCGCUCCCUCGCCAACCCACUUACCCCACCCUGGCCUGCAGCAUCCACACCGGCCUGCCUCCGCUUUACAGCAAGACCCCGACCCUCAACCCAAACCUCAACAGCCAUGGUGGCCUGCCCACCCUCAAAAAAAGCCAGGAUCCCAGCAAAGACGGCCUCCUUCAAAACCCUAACAUUUACAGCAAGAGCUCCAACUCCAUGUCUGGCCUCCUCCUCAAUGGAUUACCCAUUCCUAAUCUUCCCAUUAACAACAUCCCCAUUAACAGCCUUCCCCACACUGUUGUGCCACCACCCUACAACAAGAAGAGCCAGGAGCCUGGGGAAGACCAGUCAUAUCAGAAUGGAGAGCUUCCGCAGGUUAGCAUCCCCCAACGUCAGGGCUCCCCGCUGUUCCACAGGCCCUCUCACUCCCCCACACCCUCUCGCUCCCACUCCCCUUCUCCGCUUCCAACAAGUAAAGCAGGGAAGUGGCUGUACUCGGCUUUUAAUGGUUCAUCAGACCCCACACAAGCUGAGGACUAUGGGUCUGGCACCAACAGCAGUGAAAGGUCAAAGAGGCCCAUCCCAGAGCCACUGAGAGCUUUUAAGAAUAUCUCCCUGGCAGAGCCGCCCCGCUGCCCCUCCCCGAGGCCUUCUGCAACCGAGACAAACCCCCUGAUUGGCUCGCUGCUGCAGGAGAGGCAGGAAGUUAUCGCCCGCAUUGCACAGAGGCUCAACUUCUGCGACCCCACAGCACCUCCGCUCCCUCCUGGCCUUUUUGCUUCUGACAACCCUCCCAAAGCCAUGUGGGGCAGUAACCAUGACGACAUAACUGCCAGUAAGACCAAAGACCCCGAGGUACCCACUUAUGAGUCUGUGGGACGCGUUUGGCCCAGCCCCUUCAACACACCCGUGAGUGAUGCUUCUUUCAGCAAACGGGAAAGCUCCUCCCCUAAACCUGCAGCCUGCAGGAAACUAAAAUUGACUGAGACAAGAGAGAGAGAGGAGGAGAGGAAAGGAGAGAAGCAGAGAGAGACAGAGAAGGAGAAAGAAAAGGAGAGGGGAAGAGACAGCUCCCUGAUCGCCCAGGCAGUACAAGACAUUACCCGACUUAUCCAGGAGAGACUGUCUGUCCCGCCUCUGUCUCCCAGGCAUAGCAGGAGCGGCAGCUCUCUGCACCACACGCACACAACAACAGUCACACACACGGUCCGCACAUACUCACACACCACACACGUCCCGCAAGCCUCUUCACACACUGCCACCAAUGGCUACACCAAUGGCCACAUACCCAACCACGAACCUCACAGAGGCAGCAUGUACAGUUGCGCUGCCACACACUCGCCCAUUUGCACAGACAAGCCCAGAAUCGAUCCAGGGACUGAAUGCCAUUCUCCCCUGGCCCAAAAUGGUGCUCAUUUUACACUUGAAGAACCCUCAUUCAGAGGCCAGUCCCACACCCAGGCUGGUCAGUGUUUACAAACUCCCCCACAGGAAAAGCUCAGAGUCAUCAGGACACCCAGCAGCCAUGAAGCCCCCUCUGCCUCGCCUGUCCUUGAGAACAGCCCGAGGAAUGGGCAGACCUGCAAUUGUACUUGCAUAGAUGCCAGCUCAGCCAUGAACUGUAACAUAAGUCACAACCACAGCAAGCCUCAGCCUCAGUACCAGUCCCAGUUACAGAUGCAGGUCUGUGCAACAACCUCGGCCUCCUCCUUGCAAGAUGAGAAUCAGGCGCCCCUGGAGUCUGAAUGCUCCAGCAGUCCAGAUAUGACUCCCCCCUCUACUGUUCUGCAAACUCACAGCCCCUCCCCUCUGCGUCCCUGCAACAGCUGGAAGAAACAGAAUCGCCACUCAUUAGACGCCACAGCGACCAAGGCCUUCCACCCUCGUACUGGCCUGCCUCUGCUCUCCAGCCCCGUUCCUCAGAGGAAAAACCAAACAGGCUACUUUGACCUGGACACCUCUCUGGUUGGCUGUAAGGGUUUGCCUUGGGCCUCUGGGAAAAGGGUGUGUCCAAAGAGAGAGGGGUACACGGAUGAGUCACAGCAGCUGUUCAGUGCUAGCGCUCCACCUGCCAGUCUCAGUCUGCUGGGAAACUUUGAGGAGUGUGUACUGAACUACCGCUUGGAGCCUUUAGGGUUAGUGGAGGGUUUCACAGCAGAGGUCGGAGCCAGUGGGUCCUUCUGCCCCAGUCACCUGACCUUACCUGUGGAUGUGUCGUUCUACAGUGUCUCAGAUGACAACGCUCCCUCGCCAUAUAUGGGUGUGAUAAACCUGGAGUCCCUGGGGAAAAGGGGCUACCGUGUACCUCCAUCAGGAACCAUUCAAGUGACCUUAUUCAACCCCAACAAGACGGUGGUGAAGAUGUUUGUUGUGAUGUAUGACCUACGAGCCAUGCCAGCUGGACACCAGACCUUCCUGCGCCAGAGGACCUUCUCUGUUCCCGUCCGCCGUGACACAAACAAUCAGAACAGCCGGAAGCCUCUCAGCCACGGACGCACCUUGCGCUACCUCGUUCAUCUGAGGUUUCAGAGUUCCAAGUCUGGGAAGAUCUACCUCCAUAGGGACAUCCGUCUGCUCUUUUCCAGGAAGUCCAUGGAGGUGGACAGCGGUGCUGCCUAUGAGCUCCAGUCCUUCACAGAGUCCCCCACUGACCCACCCUUCUCUCCCCGCUGCUGAGGCCCAACCCCCUCCCGCCUCCAACUACCAAAACUUUGGUGCCAGCGGUAGACUCUUACUCAGCCCGUGGCUAGUUGAGAAAGCUCUAAGAUGAGAUGUGAUUAAAGGACAGCAGUCAACAAGACUCACCUGGCCUGUGUCCAGAAUCUCAAGUUUGAUCCCCUCUGUUACCGAGAACAGACAAAGAGGGGAGCUAGGAGAGUGGGAGACUCUUCAGAAAUGAAAACUUCUUCUCUGUUAAGUGCACAGCCUUGGAUCAGAGAGGCUGGGUCUAAGGCUACAGUUAUAGAGCAUGUUUCAGGUGCUGUUUUCCUGGUAAAGAGCGUCUUAUCAGAUAUGAUUUAUAAUUUGUUUCCCUGCUGUUGUGUGUAUCCCGGGAGAGCAGAGACCAGUGAUUGUCUACACUACAGUUAGACAUCUAAAUUAUUUCAGCAGGGUUUAGGCUACUUCACUCUGUUGACUCGAAUCAAAAUGUUUCAAAAUGUUAAUUGACAUGAUGAAUAACUGUUCAGUCUCAAUUAGUUUCUUUGUAGAUGCAGUACAAGGCCCCUUUAAUGGUAAAAGGUUUUGUUUUAAAUCCGUAAAUAUUGAAUUGACUGAACUGAAAGUGAACUCUGCUUUUUGAGCCUGUGAUUCCUGAGCUCGGUGCAGAAGGAGGAGUGCACGUGGAGGAGGAAGCACUUGGCAGACUGUGGCGCAACAACAUCCCCUCUUCAAAAAAAAACAAAAACACAUACCAAGGACCACUAAAGAAGUCAAACAAGCAAUCAGGCUAGAGUCAACUGAAAGCAUCACAGCAGAACAUCAGAAGUGCACUGUGGAUUUUUUUUCUCAGCAUAACUGGAAAUGAAACAGAAAAUAGUAAUAUUCUAAUACUUUUGUACUGUUACAGAACCACUUUAUUGGAAGUGUUGCAAUAGGAAGAGUAACCUUAGUUUAGUGUUUACACAUCCACUUUCAGUUUACUUAACCAUCAGUUUAUUUAAUAUUUAAAUUAAUAUUUCAGUUACUACUUGUGACGUCUGUCAUUCUAAGAUGAUGUAGUGCAGAAUGUAUAUCAUAGUAUGUAUUUUUGACAUUAAUAUUCAAAUCUGAAAAAAAAUAUAUCUAUAUAUCUUCUAAAGCAA